AUGAAUUUAAUUGGUAAUGGUUAUCCUUUACCAGUUGAUUAUUAUGAUGAUUUGGCUAAUAAUAUGGCAGAAUUAUUCGAUGAUAUUAGUUUUGAUGAAUCAUAUGCACGUGAUGUUAAAAAUGAUUCAUAUGAACGUUGUAAAUUACCAAUGCGUAAAGGUGUUUGUCGUGCUAUAAUGCCACGAUGGAGUUAUGAUCCAAUAGCAAAGAAAUGCCGUGAAUUUAUGUUUGGUGGAUGUGGUGGAAAUGCAAAUAAUUUCUUAACAGAAAGUCAAUGUUAUCAGGCUUGUAAAGGUGUUUAAUUUUCAAUAAAUUUAGAAAAAGAAGAAAAAAAUAUAUAUUUUAUACUAUAAGUAUAUCUAAAUGUAUAUAA